AUGAGCGACACACACCGUCGAUACAGGGGCCAUAGAGCCAGAUCCUUUCACACAACCGAUAUGAGCGAACUAGUCGAGCUCAGAGCUCGCCAAAGAACUUUUCACGGGGCGUAUAGUCGAUCCGCAAUGGGUAACCUUGGGUAUGCCCUAACCAUUCUCCGUCUAUUCGACCAUCGAUUCUACAAAGUUGGACUUCUUUUCGCCAUCCUGGGAUGCCUCCUCUUCAUUAUCGCCUUUCUGCGGUCCCGUCAUUCACAGCAUGACUUUGCAGACCCUCAGGAACCCGAACCCGAACCCCAAACAGAAUCGCCAGAGACGGAGGCGGAUGGGGAUAGCGUCCCCAUACAAACCGUUGGGCAGGAGAACACUCGUGUCUUUGGACGCCCGUUCAUUACGGCAGGAUGGAUAGUACUCGCGGUCUCUGGUGUCGUCACUGCGGUGGAGAUAGGACUGCUUGUUCUUAUUCUCCAAAUAUGA